UUAACUUAAUUUUAUAGAGCCAUGCCAAAGCCAUUUCACCUGAUGGGUUCUGAAUCGCCCCGGUCUGUAGAUGAAAUUAUGGCUAAAAAUGGCAUAAAGUCUACAUGUCGCUGCGAUAAGUGUAAUGCCAUGGUUAAACUUUUAGACAAGGAAAUCCAACGUUAUUGGGAAAAAUCUAUAGCCUUCUGGCUCCACCACCAUAACUUUAAUUAUAUCGACAAAUGUAAAUUGAUGGAACUAAUGAAAAAUGAUUUGGGAAAAUUUGAUAAUAAAGUCACUGAGUCAGGAGAUGAUUUUUGUUCAAAUUCUCCUCAUAUUUAUGAAAGGAUUAUCGAUUAUCAGAGUUUGAACAGUUACCUCGAUUAUUUGGACAAAAACACUAAUGAACUUGAACUAAUUAAUCCAUUUUCAAUGUAAUUAUAAUUUAUAUGC